AUGGUUUUAGAUAUACCUAUCUAAUCAUGUUGCUCAAGUUUAAAGUCUGUCUAAAAUUUAACCAAAAGAAUAGGAUAAGAAAAAUUAAGAGGAGGAGGAAGCUCAAUUUGUAGUACAUAAUAAUCAAGGCCAAAUAAACCAAAUAAGCCAGAAGAGGAAAAAAAAAAAUUGAAGCUUCCUUCUAAUUUUGCAGAACAGUUAAGAAAACACUCAAAUAUGAUCUAUGAAAAAUCAAACUACACAUUAGAAAAAAAUUCUAAAAAAGAAUUGAAUGCCUCAAUAUAAUGGUUUAUUUUCAAUAAAUACUACAUAAAUUCACUAGUUUACGAUGAAGAUUUUGCAUAGAAAUAUUCAGAAAAAAUACUGGAUGCUGUGGCUUUAAUAAUCUAAGCUAUACCUAAUUUUAUAACAAUGUCAUGUUUUUUAUUGCAUGAUUUGCUGUAAAUUCUAAAUGAACUUCUGAGGUUUCUAGUUUCUCAAAAAUUUAAAUCUUUAAUAGAAAUAUCAGAGCAAAAAAAAGUGAAAAAAAUUCUUAUUGAGCCUCAACUUUAAAAGACAUUUCUUGAUUAUAUUUCAAAAGCAAAGUAAGAGAUUAAAGCUUUAAAUAAAUAAAUUUGGGAAACUGGAAUUUCUUUUGAACUAAGAAUGGCUAAAGCUGCAAUCUUAAAUUUUGAAACUAAUGAGGGAGAAACAAUUUUCAAGUAAUUGGUUUAACAUACUGUUCUUUCUUUUAUAAAUAUGUAACCUUCAAUAGAAUUUGUGACAGCUACUUUUGAUGCUGGAAAAUAUUUAUUUUAGUUGGCUUAAUCUAAGUGGAGAAAUAAACAAUAUCAAUUUUACUUUUUUUUUGAAGAAUUGAAAUGGUAUAUAAUCAAGAGAUUGCAUGAGAAUUGUACGUUAGAUUCUGUUUAAAAUCAACUUUCAAAAUCAUAUCAAAAUAAUAUAAAAGAAUCAGAUAAUUGGUUGGUUCAUUUUUGUUGGGUGAGAACACUAUCAGAUUUAAUUUUUUAUAGGCCCUUGGUUGAGAAAGAAAAUCUAUUUCAAAAUAUGUAAAAUAAAUAUGAAUAAAAUAAUCUUUGGGAUAAUGAAAUUAAUACAGGGUAUUUACUUCGUUCUUAAUUUGAUGAAAAUAUUGCCCAAGUUGUUUUUUCUGAUAAAUAUGAAAAUAAGGGAAUUUAUGAAAAGAAGGGAAUUUAUUAACUUUUUCGAAAUUUAGAAAGCUUUUAACUAUGGUUAAUGUAAUAAUAUAAUCCUAAUGCUGAAGCGGAAACUUUUAAAUCGCUCCUUGACUAUGUAAGAAUAACAUCUUUUUCUGAUUAAUCUAAAAAUGAUGCCAGAAUGAAUAAUCGUAUUUUAUUUGGGAAUCCUAAUAUAAAUAAUUUAAAAAAUAAUAUUAACAAAUUAAACUAAUUAUUUGACAAAAAUAAAAAAAUUAUCGAAGGAAACAAUAUUGAUAACUAAUAAUUAGUAAAUAAUAAUAUAAUACAAUCAGCAAUCUUGUGCUAAGAAAUAUAUAAUUAGUUUUAGCUUCUUUAGGAAUAAACCGAAUAUGUUUCCUUGUUGAUUGAUGACAAAAAUGAAAAAAAUAAAAAAAAUGGAAAAAAUGAAACAAUUGAUAAAAAUGGAAAAAAUGAAACAAUUAAAAAAAAUGAAACAAUUGAAAAAAAUGAAACAAUUAUAAAAAAUGAAAAAAAUUAAAAAAAUGAAGAUAAGAUCACAUUAGAGGAGUAUAAUUUUAAUUAAUUUUCCAAAUAUUUAGUUGAUAAACAAGAAGUCAAAGAGAAUUUAAAGAAUUUGAACAAAAUAAUUGAAGAUUUCUUAAGUAAUGUAAAAAAACGUAUUAAUCAUUAGUAAAAUAAAGAGAAAGAAUUAUUAGAUUUCUAAAUUUUGAAUAAUAAAAAAGAAAGUAAAAUUGAACCCCUUAAAUUUGAAGAAAUACUAAAAGAAAUUUUUUCUUUUACAAUUUCUAAAUAAUUUAUCUAAGGAAUUAAUGAAUAAUAUAAGAUUAUUAUUGCCUAAAAUCAAAGGGAUAUUGAUAAGCUGAUUAAUCUACUCUUAGGGUUAUAAAAGGUUGUAUAACAUCUUUUAUUAAAAUAUUAAUCCCUAAAACAAUAGGUUCAAAUUCUUUUGGAUAAUGAAGAUACAUAGAAACGACAAUUAGAUUAAGAUCAUCUAAAAAAAAUUGAAUAUAACAAAUAUAUUAGAGGAUUUUUUCGCGAAGAAUUGGAAAUGUUGUCAUAAUUAACUUCAUCUCCUUCUAAAUCAUUUGAUUCUGAUAAAAUAAAUGAUAUAAUGAAUACAAUUUCCCAAAAUAUUAAACAAGCAAAUACAGUUUAUAAAGAAGCUUUUUUAGCUAACUAAUAUAUCUAAUAUGCUGCAAAAAUUAGAUUGCUUCUUUCAUAAUUAAAAUACAUUGAAAAUGUAGAUAAUUAAUUGGCAAAUUUAACAACAAUUUUGGGGAUGUAUAAAAAUAAGAAGGAAGAAUUUAUUCCAUCAACUGAUAAUCAGCAAUCGUAGAAGAUUCCUUAUGAAAGAACUUUAAGUAAUGUUGGAUAACACACAAAUUCACACCAUAAAAUAUUGAAUAAAAUUUUUAAGAAAGAAAAUGAAAUAAAUAAGUUUUAUGAAAUAAUUUCAAGAAAAGUUGAAGAAUUUCAAAAUUACUAAGAAUAUAUACAAUGUAUAGAUGAUCAUGGAGAUUAAGAUUAUUAAUAAAUUGUAACUUUUGAAAAUGACACUAUUGAUAAAUUUUAGAAAGAAACUUUAGAACAUAUCAUAAAAGAUGAAUUUUAUAAUUUAAUAAUUACCCGUGAAGAAAUAUAUUCAAAUAAGUUUAUUAUUAAUUUUUUUGAAUGCAUGGCAAACAUAUUAAACCAAAAUAAUCCAAAUGAUUUUAAUGAAUUAUCAACAACUUAUGUGAAGGAUUCAAAAUUUUUAAAAUAAGAUUCUAGUGAUGAUUACAAAGUCAGAGAGUGUUUAUUUUUUAAUAUUAUGAAAGGUUAAAUAAUUAUCAAGGAAUAACAUGUAGUAAAAUUUUGUUAAUUGAUAAUAUAAUAACUUUGGAUGGAAGAGAAAAAUGAGAAUGUAAGGAAUAUAUUUAAAGAUAAGGAGAUGAUAGAUUAAUAAAAAAGUUUAUAUUCUCAAGGUUUAAAUUCAUUAUCAAAAUAAUUGUAAUAAGAAUUUCGAGAAAAAUUGAAAGCACUUUAAAAACUGGAGGCAGAAAUUCAACAUGAAGGUGUUGAAAGUGAGAAAUCCAUACUUAAAAAAUAGUUAGAAUAGAAAUCAAAGGAUUUUCACGAUUAUUUAAAUAAUAUAGAGGAGAUGUCCUCUUAAAUUAAUUUGAGUUUUUUGUUUUUGUAAGAAAUACACAAAGACUUCUAAAUACUGUAACAAAAAAUUGACAAAAUUUAGCUUUCAGUAGAUGAAAUUUUAAUUGAUUUGAGAGUUCUUCGAGGGAAAAAAUACAUUGAGUUGCUGAAAACUAGAAAAAAAAAAGUAUAGAAUGAUUAAUAAAUUACAGAGAUGAAUUCCAUAUAUAUUGAAUUAAUGACGAAUAGAAGUAUUUACGAACCAAUAAGUAACUAGGAAAAUAGUAAAUAUCGCUUAAAAGGGGAAAUAAAAAAUUCAUAUUUAUUAAUAGAAAGUUAAGAUGAAUCAAAUCAAAUGAAUCUUUCAGGAGAUGUAAAUGAUUUUUUAUAUGGCAAAUAUAAUAAGUAAGAUUAAAAUUUUGAUGUAAUGUUGAUUCGUGGUUAAGCAGGAUCAGGAAAGAGCAGAGCUGCUAAAAAGAUAGAGGAAUACAUAUGGAAGCAAUACAAUAGCGAAUAAUCUAAUUGGAUUCCAAUAUUUGUAUCAUUGCCCUCUUUGAAGGAUCCUAAAACAAAUUUAUUUAAUGAAGCCCUAGAAUCAGAUUAUUACCAUUUUGAUAAAAUUUAAAUUAAAGAAUUCAAAGAUGCAAUAUGCAAUGAAAGAGCGAAUGUCGUUUUUAUACUAGACAGUUAUGAUGAAUUGAAAGAUGAUGUAAAAAAAUAGAAUCUGUAUGCCACAAAUGAGUUUACAUAAUAAUUUAAUAUUGAAUUACAUAGAAAAAAUUUAAAACUUAUCAUUACUACAAGAAGUGAGAUUUUGUAAGAAAAAUAUUUCCUAAGAUGGUUUACUGGUAAGAAUAUUUAAUCUCUUUUAGAUAUAGAGCUUAAAUAAUUUACAGAUUAAUAAAGAGCAAAUUAUCUUUAACAAUACAGUAUUUUAAACAUCAAAAAAAAAAUAUUUGGGUUAUAUGAAUACGUAUAAUAAAUUGAAGGAAAAAAAGUAGAUCCAGAAGAUGUAAAAUAUAUUUUAAAUUAAUUUGAACAACUUUUAAAUUCUUUUUAAUACGAUCAAACUUAAGAAUAAAAUUAAAAAUAGCAGUUUUUGACACAACAUAAAGCUCAACUUAUUCUUGAUAAAAUAUCCUCUAUUCCUAACUUUAAAUAUGUUAAGGAUGAAUAAAAAAUAAUUUUAUAGAAAGAACUUAUUGGUUUGUGGAGUAAAUAAAAAUAUCAAGAUUCAAUUAAUAAUUUGCAAAUGGGGAAAAUUUUAUAAACUCCGUAUAUGAUGGAGAUAGUUGUGUAAGUCUUACCAAAUUUUGCAAAAAUUUAUUCUGAAGCUACUUAAAUUAAAGAAAUGUUUAAAUAGAAUUAUAUGAUAAUUAAAAGAAGAGAAUAAAGUUCAUAAAAUAAAAUUCUCAAGGAUAACAAAGAGAAAAAAGAUGAACAGCAAUUAAAAUAAUUGGAUUUAUUUGUAAAAAGGUUGGAUGAAAUUCAAUUUUUUUAAAAUUUUUCCAUUUUAGAUAAUUUAUCUUAAAUCUCCUCAUAUAAGUUAACAGAUGAGGAGAAAAAGGUUGUAAUAAGUGCAUUUAAACUAAAAAAAUUUACAAUUUAUGAAUUCUACGAAAAUUUUAUAUAGUAUUAUCAUUCUUAACAAAUUUAGAAAUAGUAUCGUUUGGGAAAUGUUCAUAACUUUGAAAGUUUAGCAAUAGAUUUGUGGGAUUUUUCUGAAUCUUUGGCUCUUGAAAUGACUGUUCAUGAUUAAACUUAUUUUUCUCAUAAAGUUUAGGGAGUAUUAAAACUGAAAAAAGCUCAAGAAUGUAUUGGACCAGAAUAAAAUUGGUCAGAUUAAUAUUUUAAUGGUGAAUUAGAAGAGCAAUAAUAUAAAAAAAUAAUACGAAGCUGCAUUUUGUUAAGUUGCAAAGGUAAUGUUUAUUCUUUUACUCAUAAAUCAAUACAAGAAUUUUUUGUUUCAAAAUAUAUCAUAAAUUUAUUUGAUAAUCAUUUUGAAAAAAAAAAACUCUAACUUAAAGAUUUAGAAUUAUCUUUAUAUAAUAAAGAUAUAUUUAAUACUUCCAAAAUUCAUUUUUAAAAAGUAUGUGAAUUCAUUACCAAUUUUUUUUAAACAAAUGAAGAUAAGAUAGUAAAUCACUUAAAGUCAAUACUUAAUUUAUCGAAGAAUAACGAAAAUUAUAAAAGAGCAGCAUCAAAUUCAGUAUUUUUACUAUCCUAAUUUAAAACUUAUAUGGGAGAGUAAGAUUUUAGAAAAAUUUACAUAGCUGAUACCAAAAUAAAUGGUUUAAGCUUUUUUGCUAGUGAUCUAUCAUCAAGUAGAUUUUCUGGAGUCGAAGUUGAUGGAUGCAACUUUAAUCUAUCAAAAAUUGAAAAUUCUACAUGGGCUAUAAUUUGUAAUGAGUAGAGAACUUUAAGUGGACACGAAAAUAAGAAAAUAACAUCAUUAUUGAUGAGUCCUGAAGGAAAAACAUUAUAUUCAAGUAGUGAGGAUUAAACAAUUGUUGUUUGGGAUUAUACAAAAAGAAAAUAAAUCAAUAAAUUACAAGGCCAUUAAGGAAUUAUAAACUGUCUCUCUAUAUCAUAAAACGGAUUCUACUUAGCAUCUGGAGGAACUGACAAUACAAUAUAUAUUUGGGAUUGCACAAAUCAAAAUAAAACAUAAAUUAAAACGAUCUAAACAAUCAAAGACCAUCAAGGAUCUGUCAAUUCCUUAUAUUUCUCAUUAGAUUAGACAAUUCUAGCAUCUGCAAGCAGUGAUAAAUCAGUGUUGCUCAUUUCAGACUAUUAAAAAUAAGAAUAAACUAAGAAACGUUUUAUUAAACACAAAGAAAAAGUAAUGUAAGUAGUUGUUUUCCCAGAUUCUAUUAUGUUAGCAACAAGGUGUUCUGAUUGCACUGUAACGAUAUGGAAUAUUGGAGAAAAUGUUCCCAAUAUAAUAAGAGUGUUUCUUAAGCUUCCUGAACCAAUAACAUGUAUUGCUCUUUCACAUGAUGGAACAUAUUUGAUGACUGGGUGCAAGAAUGUUGAAAAUUAAGGGUUUAUCAAAGCUUGGGAGAUUACACAAGAGAACUAGAGAAUGGAAUCAGAAAAUUUACAAUUUCCAAUUUUCUGUUUAUCUAUUUGUCCAAAUAGUAAUUUGAUUGCAGCUGGUAGCAAGGAUUAAAUAAUAAUAUGGGAAAAAUUUUAAUUUAUAGAUCAUAAAUCUACAAAUCCUAAAAUUAUAUAAUGCAAAGGUGAAAUAAUAUCUCUUGUAUUUUCUAUGGAUGUAUAUUAUUUAUUAUCUUUAAAUUCUAAAUAAAGAAUGGAAUUAUGGUAGUUGAAAAAUUAUAUUGUUAAACAUUCAUUUUAAUUAAUAUCUGCGUUCUUGAUAGGAUUUAUCGGCAAAGAACAUUUUGUUGCAGUAUAAACAUCAAAAAAAAUAACUGUUGAGAAAGAUCUAGAUAUGAUUCAAAUCUGUGAAAUAUAAUCUGGAAGAUCAAAAUGUUUUUAACUUCAAGAUAUAAUAACAGCUGGUCAAAUAUUCAAAACAAAAUUACAGAUUGCUUUGGGUUUUUAAAAUGGCAUUAUUGGGAUUUGGGAAUGGACUAGUGAAUCUUAUUUUGAUAAAUUUGAUUAAGAACAUGAUAGAAAGAUAAUAAAUAUAUCGAUAUCAUCUGAUGACAAAACAUUAAUAUCAAUCGAUAAAUAUUAAACUAUUAAGAUUUGGAUUGCUGAAAGUAAACAAUGUAAAAACACAAUAAAUGAUAUUUAAAAUCCAAUUAACAAAAUACAGAUUUAUGCAUAAAUGAUGAUAUAUGUUUACCAAUAAGAAAAAGAUGAUAUUAUAAGAUUUCAUGAUACAGAUAAAAAUGAAAUCAUAAAAGAAUUUUCAGGAUAUUCUGGAAGAAUAUCACAAUUGGUAUUCUCCUAAAAUAACCAAAAGUUAUUAUUUAUUAUUACUAAUUAAGAAGGAGAAAGCAAGAUUGGUUUAAUAAAUUUUCUAUAGGAAAGUAAGAUCUAUAAAGGGGAUGGAUGUGAAUUUUCAUAAAUUGUCAUUUCCUAAUAUGAUGAGAAAUUUGCAGGGAUUGGAGAAAAUAGAAGUUUGAAUAUUUGGGAUUUCUAAGAUCAAAAAUUGCAAGAGUCCUCAAUAUCCUAAAAAGUUGGAAUAACUUCAAUGACAUUUACAAGAUAAAGUAAUUUAAUUUCAGGAUAAGAAGAUGGAAGCAUUAUUUUAUGGCAAAAGAAGGGUGAAGAGACAAUCAAAAUGUUUGAAGGGCAUUCUGAUUUUGUCUAAGAUAUAUGCUUUUCUCCAGAUGGAUUAACACUUCUUUCAUGUAGCUAAAAGGACAAUGUCAUUAUUUGGGAUAUGGAAAAAUACAAGAAAAGAACAACAAUUGAUAAAUAAGCUAAUUAAGUCAUGUUUUUCCCUACUUAUCCAUCAGAAUAACUUUUAUUAUUGAAAAAUAAAUAAACAAUUGCUAUAUGGGAUAUUAUUGAAGAAUAAGCUAAAAAUCUUCCAUCAUUAUUUGAUUUUAAAAGCUAAAAUGAAAUUAAUUACUAUUAAGAAUAAAUCUAUAUUACUGGUGUUACUAUAUCAAAAAGUGGCUUAUAAAUAGUUUGUGGUUUGAGUAAUGGAGAUAUAAAACUUUUCAAAUAAGAUUAAUAAUAAUGGAUAGAAUUAGAGAAAACACAUAAUUCAAAAAUAAAUAAAAUAUAGUUUUAACCUUGCGUUAGUUCACAAGAAGAUGAAAAUUUUAUAGCUUCUGGAAGCGAUGAUUAAACAAUUUAGAUCUGGAAAAAUAAUGGAAAUUAAUACAAUCCUUUUAAAAAAUUAGAUAACCAUAUGAGUGAAGUUAAAGCUCUAACUUUUACUUCUAAUGGAAAACAACUUGCAUCUGGUGACAGCAAUGGUAGUGUUAUUAUUUGGGAAACAGAGUAGUAUUAGAAUUAUAAUACAAUUGAAGGUGGAGCAGAAAUUAUCGCCAUGGCAUACUCACCAGAUAAUUCUAUUCUAGCUUUUGGGAUGAUUGAUAAGAUUAUCAAAUUAUGGGAUAUAAAAAAUGAAAAGGCUAUUUAAUAGAUAUAAAGUAUUAAUGAAUAAAUUGGAUCAAUUGUGUUUUCUAUUGAUUCAAUUAUGGCUUACUCAUUUGGAUAAGAGAUAAAUUUAUGUAAAAGCCAAUAUGAAUAAGAUAUUGGAAAUAAUGAAAAUGAGAAAUAAUAUUUCCCAUUUUUCAAGUUUGCAAAAGAGCCAAUCUUAUAAGCUGAAUAAUGUUUCAUAUAGAAUUCUACAAUAGAUGAUGAUACAAUAGAAGGCUAGGAAAAUAAAUCUAUGAUUUGGUUAUUUUAGCAAAAGAAAGCACAAGUAAAAGAAGUUAACGAUGAUAACAUAAAAAAAUGA